AACUCAUUAGUUUUUGGAAAACUUCUGAUCAAAAAAUGAACAGCGAGAAACUCAUCAACUUGACUAAUAUACAGUUUAAAAAAUUCAUCGAAGUUUCACUCUCUCCCAGACUUUGUAUUUCAAAUACAUAAGACUACAUGUUUCUAGUUACUUUCAUUCUUGAGAUAUUCAAAAAGAUAUUGAGGUUCACUGUAUGUUGACGCCGACAAUAGAUAGAUGAAUGAUCAAAUCUUUGUCUAUGAAACAUGAAAAUAUUUUUGAUCAAUCAACAUCUUCACUAUAAGUCGUGUAUUUUUUUUUGCGUAAAAUUUUCAGAACAAUCUAACAAAGGUAGAAAUUACUCAUGAGCAAUAUUUCAGAUCGCAGCUGUAUGAUUCAAUUUUUGAUUAGGUAGCUUGCUUGAGGUCGAAUAGUGGGUAAAAUGGUUAUCACGUCUAAAGAAUAAGGGUUUGAGAGUAAAUCCUUGUGAACUUGUAUUAGUCAAUCGAACCCUGGGGUCGAUAGAAUUCGACAUUUGGAUACAAUUUUUGAUUAGCGUUAAAUCUUUUUUAAUUGUAUGACUAUAAAACAAGUAGAAACAAAAUAUUGGACUUGAAUAUCAAUAAAUCGAAAAUGACUACCUCCUAAAUGAGAAGUGACCGAAAUUUCGUAGAUAAGACUUUUGUAAGUUAUUACAAAAUAACAUUAAUAUAGAAUACAUGUGAAGGUUGAAGCUAAUAUUAUUAGAAUAUCCAUAUACAUAGACAUUUGAAAAAUUGCAGAAUCUAGAGAUAAUUAUAGUAUAUAAUUUCUAUUGGAAAAUUUUAAAAUGACACUUUAAUAAUUUCAUUUUUGUUUUAGUCUCAAAUAAAAUGUCGAUUUUCGGAUUCUUGUAUUAUUAAUAUUCAUACACGUCGUCAAUGUGUAUCAUGUCGAUUAAAAAAAUGUUUUGAUAUUAAAAUGCGUAAAGAAUGGAUUCGUACUGAAGAUGAAAAAAACUUAAGACGUUUACAAAAAUUAGCAAAAGAAAAAUUAAAAACAAUUGAUCUAUCAAAUGAUCAAAAAUCUCUUAUUACAUCUUCGAUUGUUCGACGAAGAAAAAAAAGUUUAAUAACAAAAUCAACAAAUCAAGAACUUGUUAUUAGUCCAAUUUAUAGAAUGUAUCAUUCUGGUUUUAAUUCUAUUCUAUAUGAUGAAGAUCGAACAUUAAUAAAUAAUAUUAAUAAUGUUUAUCAAUUAGCAAUAAAUAAAAAUGAUUAUUCUUAUAUUAAUAAAUAUACAUCAUUAACAUCUUUUUUACAAUUUAUAAAUGAUGAAAGUAUUAUGCAUGAAUCAUUAGUAAAUUUUUUUAAAUUUAUACCUGAAUUUAAACAAAUAGAUAUUAAUGAUAAAAUAUUAUUGAUUAAAUCGAAUUUUAUUAAUAUUAUACAUUUACAUCGUAUGAUAAUAUAUAAUUUUCAAGAAUGUUCAAAUCUUAAUCAAUGUAUUUCUAAAUGGAUUGGUAAAGAUUUUCAUUAUCAAAUGAUUCGAACUCGUCAAUAUUCUAAUCGUUUUAUGAAUUAUCCAAUAUUAUUAAAACUUGCAUUAGCUGUUUUUAUCUUUAAUGUUAAUUUAUCUGCAUCAUGGGAUAGGAAUCAAUUUUAUGAAUAUCAAAAUCAAAAAAUAUUAUUUGAAUAUCAAAAUUAUUAUAUAAAUAUUUUAUGGCAUUAUUUAAAUUAUUUAUUUGAUGAAAAAGAAGCAAUUAAAGCAAUGGAAAUAAUAGUUAUGCAAAUUUUACGUUUUCAAUCAUUAAUGGUUAUAAUAGAGAAUUUUGUAAGACAAUGUCCAGGUUAUGAACAAUUUCAUUCAUUAAUGCAAUCUAUACUUGGACUUACUUAA